AUGGUGAUCUCUGAAUCAAAGUGGAUUAAUAGAGGAAGGAUAGUACGCUUGUUUUCCUCUUUUUUCUCUUGCACCCAAAAUGAAAAUAAGUUCAAAUGUGAAUCUCGUGAGGUGGAAAAAAAAUUUCAGAGAGACAAUAAGAUGUCCAGGGAUGAGAACAAGGCUCUUAGAAGAGAAAACAAGUCCCUCUGGGGAGAAAACAAAGCUCUUCGUGGAGAAAACAAAGCUUUUCGAAUGGACAACCAGUUCAUCCGGGAGGAGAAUCAGACCCGGAGACAGCAAAACCAGCUCCUGUGGAAGUUUAAUAGUGUGAUUUUUGAGAGUCAAAAAACACCUGGGGAAAGAAUCAAUGCCUUGAACACAGAGAGAAAGUCUUAUUGGCAACAGAAUCGAGCCCUGGAAGCUCAGAUCAAGGCUCUCGGGGAACAGGAGAAAGCUUUCCAGAAUGAGGCAAAAGCUCUCCAAGAAGAAAUAAGGUCUCUUCAUGAGGAGAUCAAGGCCCUACAACAUCAGGAGCGAGCAAUCAAGAUGGAGGAACAGGCCCUGAUGAAAGAAGGAAUAGCACUAGAGUUGGAAGAACGGGCACUGUGGAAGGAAGAACAGGCCCUCCGUGAGGAGAACAAGGCUCUUAGAGAAGAAAACAGUGCUCUUCAAGAGGAGGAAAAAGCCCUUCUGGAAGAGGCAAAGGUUCUUGAGGAGUGGAAUGAGAUUCUUCAGGGAAAGAUAACAAGCAUGCUUGCUGAAAAAAUGCACAAUAAUAAAAUAGAGCAGGAGAAAUGUGACUUGAAGAUGUAA